AUGGACGAUUUGAAAAGUUUAGUUAUUCAGUCACUUGAAGAAGAGGGCACUCUUUCAGCUCUUAGAGCCUAGCUCAGAUCCCGUGUAUUCCAUGCCAUAGAGGCACAUGCUGACGAGAAGUCCAAGCAAGCAGCAGGCUUUUAAUGGUAGAACCCCACUGCUCAGAGAAUACAUGAAAACGAGGAGUCGAAGCUUGUAGCAUAGCUCAUUAAAGAGUACUUGGAGUUUUACAGAAUGGACUAUACACUCAGUACCUAUGUUCCAGAAGUAGCUCUCUAGAAUCAAGAAGCUUUAUCCAGAGAUGAGUUAGUCAAGAAGACUGGCGUCCAAUUGCCUAAGGAUAAUAAUUCUUAAUCAAGUGCUCCUAUUCUCGUUCAACUAUUGAGACAAUUAAAGCAUGAAUAAACAAAGCCAAAUGAUGUUGUGCAGGCAAUGGGCUAACCAAAGAAAGAACAAAUAGAGGAAAAGAAAUAGCCUGCUUAGUAGUAGCAACAACAGCCAAGCGCCACUAAUAAAAUAAACAAUAAAGUUUAAAAUUAUGGAGGCAAGCUGACCCAGUUUGAUGACGAUAUUGAUGAGGUUAUUGAUGCAGAUGAUAACAACUUUAACAAAGAUGACUUUAAUGAUGGAGAUAUUGCUACUAGUGGCAGUAUUGCCUGCAUCGACUAGAGUAUUGACACCUAGAGACUUGGUGAUUAUGAUUACAUGGAAGAGAUCAGCUGA